AAAGUGAUGCCCGGAGAAUCUUGGCACAAAUCUUUCACAGUUAGACACACAAAAGAUCCACAUGCCUCACUUCCUUAUUAUAAAAUAUAAAAAAUAUAUAUUCCAAUUCACAAAAAAAAAGGUUUAGUUCCCUUUCCCUUAUAUAAACCCCUUAAAGCGCCAAGCCUUGCUUAACCCAACAAGAACUCAAACCCUGAACCUUUAAAAAAAAAAAAAGAAACAUGGGGUCGUUUGUUCAUGUCAAGGAAGCUACAAUUGUAACUCCAUCUGAGCCAACUCCAACUGGGGUUCUGUCUCUUUCAUCUCUUGACUCUCAACUUUUUCUACGUUUCACCAUUGAAUACCUUCUGGUUUAUAAACCUCACCCUGGUUUAGACCCAGGAGCCACCACGGCUCGAGUCAAGGCUGCUCUAGCCAAAACCUUGGUUCCCUAUUACCCACUGGCCGGUCGAGUCAGGGCCAAGCCAGAUGGCUCCUCUGGCCUUGAGGUUGUUUGUCGAGCCCAGGGUGUUUUGUUCAUGGAAGCUGUCUCGGAUCAUAACGUUAACGAAUUCGAGAAAGCUCCACGGUUCGUUACGCAAUGGAGGAAGCUCUUGUCGUUACACGUGGCUGAUGUGCUGAAAGGGGCCCCACCUCUGGUUGUCCAGCUGACGUGGCUAAAAGACGGCAAUGCUGCGCUUGGUGUUGGCAUUAAUCAUUGUCUUUGUGACGGUAUCGGCAGCGCUGAGUUUCUCAACUCGUUCGCUGAGUUAGCGUCCACGAGUCAAACCAAGUUCUCCGAGUUCAAGUUUAAGCCCAAACCCAUUUGGGAUCGCCACCUUCUAAACCCAGCACCAUUCAAGCCAUCAAGAAAUAAUAAUAACAACGCACUGAGUCACCCCGAGUUUAACCGAGUUCCAGACCUUUGCGGGUUCCUGGCUCGUUUCUCCAACGAAAGACUCACCCCCACCUCAUUUAUUUUCAAUAAAACGAGUCUCAACGAGUUAAAAAAGUUAGCUUCUUCCACAAGCAGACACAGUGAGUCAAAUUACACAUCUUUCGAUGUUCUCUCAGCUCAUAUAUGGAGGAGCUGGGCUAGAGCUUUAAACUUACCUUCCAACCAAAUAUUAAAGCUUCUUUUCAGCAUCAACGUUAGAAACCGAGUCAAGCCGACUCUGCCCAGUGGGUAUUACGGCAACGCGUUUGUAUUAGGGUGCGCACAAACCAGUGUUAAUGAGUUGACAGAGAAGGGUUUAGGGCACGCGACAAUGCUGGUGAAGAGAGCGAAAGAGCAAGUGGAUAGUGAGUUCGUGAAAUCGGUGGUGGAAAUAGUGGGCCAAAGUAGGGCGAGUCCGGACUCGGUAGGGGUUUUGAUACUGUCGCAAUGGUCAAGGCUCGGAUUAGAGAAGGUUGACUUGGGGAUGGGGAAGCCAGUUCAUGUGGGACCCAUUUGCUGUGAUCGAUACUGUUUGCUUUUACCGGUUUUUAAUCAGACGGACGCAGUGAAGGCGAUGGUGGCGGUCCCCACAACUGCCGCCCAGAGAUAUGAACAUCUGGUCAGGAGUUUCACUAAUUAGGACCACACUGGAUUUUGGCCCAUUCGUUGACUUCCUGCAUAUGUAUAUAUGACUUAUCAUUUUCUUUUUAACUGACUUUGAGUGAUUGACAUUCUGAUCCUAAAUAUUAGUAAAAUAGAAAAAAAAAAAAAAAAAAGGAAAAAUGU